AUGUUGAGUUGAAAAGCACAAGGUGUUCCGUUGACCGGAAUGGAGUACACUUAUGAUGUCGAUUUGGAAGAGCUAUGUCCUGUUUGUGGCGAUAAGGUGUCGGGAUACCACUAUGGACUACUGACGUGUGAAAGCUGUAAGGGUUUCUUCAAAAGAACGGUUCAAAAUAAUAAGAGGUAUACAUGUGCAGAAAACCAGGAUUGUAAAAUUGACAAAACUCAGAGGAAACGGUGUCCAUUUUGUCGGUUUCAGAAAUGCCUGAAUGUUGGAAUGCGAUUAGAAGCUGUCCGUGCCGAUCGCAUGCGAGGAGGCCGGAAUAAGUUUGGCCCCAUGUACAAGCGCGACCGAGCCCUCAAGCAGCAGAAGAAAGCGUUGAUUCGAGCCACCGGCCUCAAGAUGGAGACCACCCCUCCGAUGCUCUCCCCUGACACCCAGACAGACUACACCUUCACCGGCAGUCUCCCGGGCCUCCACCCGCUCCCCAAGGGCAUCCUCCACACCACCACGACCCCCAUCGCCCCCACAGAUUACGACCGCAGCCUCUACGGACCCCCCUCACUGGGCAUGGCUAUGCCUGGACUCCCCCCCCAUGCACCCUUACCCCCCCAGUACCAGUACGCCUCCUUCCCCAGCAGGGCGAUCAAGUCCGAGUACCCGGACCACUACACAAGCUCCCCAGACUCGGUAGUGGGCAGCUACACCUACCCGGAGCAGGUAUACUCUGGACCGGGCUCUCCGCAGGUCCCCGGGGUGCCUCAGCUGGUGCUGGAGUUUCUGCGAUGUGACCCGGACGAGCUGCAGGUACAGAGUAAGAUCGCUGCUCACCUUCAGCAGGAGCAGAGUGGCCAGGGGGGCAAGGGUCAGGAGAGACUCAGCCCCUUCAGCCUAAUGUGUCACAUGGCCGACCAGACGCUCUUCUCCAUCGUGGAGUGGGCCCGAAGCUGCAUCUUCUUCAAGGAGCUCAAGGUAGGAGAUCAGAUGAAGCUGCUUCACAACUGCUGGAGCGAGCUGCUGGUGUUGGACUUCAUCUCCAGGCAAGUCCAACACGGCAAGGAGGGCAGCGUGCUACUGGUCACGGGGCAGGAGGUGGAGCUGGCGUCCAUAGCGUCCCAGGCAGGAGCCACUCUCACAAGCCUGGUGCAGAGAGGACAGGAGCUAGUUGAGAAACUACAGACCCUACAGGCGGACCGCAGAGAAAUUGCCUGCUUCAAGUUCCUCAUCCUCUUCAACCCCGAUGUGAAGCUACUGGAGAGCCAGGCGUUCGUGGAGGGCGUCCAGGAGCAGGUGAACGGGGCUCUGCUGGAGUACACCAUGUGUGCUUACCCCCAGCACCUGGACAAGUUCAGCCGGCUGCUGAUGCGCCUGCCUGAGCUCAAGGCCUUGUCGGCACAGGCCGAGGACUACCUCUGCUACAAGCACCUGAGUGGAGAGGUGCCCUGCAACAACCUGCUCAUCGAGAUGCUGCACGCCAAGAGGGCGUGCGCGUGA